AAUUUCUCUACGUUUCUUCUGCCGCCGGAUGUCAUGAAGUAGAUAAACCAUUAACGUAAUGUUCCUGAUAUCACACUGCAGCAACCCCAAGAUAUUUAACAGACAGUAGGCGAAAAAUGGCAUUCAGAAGGGACAGGAGUAUUCGGGAUGUGUAUGAGGACAGAUUUCCUAUGGAGAGAGGGGGCCCUUACAGGAGAUCUGGUUUUGGGCGUCCGGAUGAAGACUAUGGGCGAGGUUUUGAAUACGACAACCCUCGGUUUUACCCUGGAGGAGGGCCCCCCCGCAGUUACCAUGGCGAUGGCCCCCACUUUCCUGCUGAACACAGAGCGGGGCCCCCAGGCCGGAGGGAUGAGUCCUACCAGUACUACAGAGGAGCUAGGGAGGAGCCACUCCCAGGGAGGCCUAUGGACUUCAGAGGAGGCCGAGGCGGCCCACUGCCCCCACCUGGCGGUAGAGGUCAAGGGUCGUAUCCUCCCCCUCCCAGGCCGUUACCCCCACUGGGCCCUGAGGCCGGCGAUGACACGGUGAUGCAGGCCAUCCUCAGCCUGGACCGAGGCGAGGAGCACGAGGGCCUGCGUCCCCGUAAGGCUCCGUUCCCGGCGGUGCGUGACCGUUCCCCGUUGAGGCGAGACGUGCCCCCCUCCCCCCACAGCCGCUCGGGAUCCAGCAUCAGCAGCCGCAGCUUCUCACCGGACAGGGGCAAGGCCCACCCAUACCCACCCCCGCCCAGCAAGAGUGUGGGCAUUGGGCCCGCUGGUGCUCCUGGGUUUCAUGGGGAGAUGCCACGGAACCGGAGCAGUUUUGGCGAGCCGACGCCACACACACCCAGCGAAAGGGAAAAGCCAUCCGCUCCUUUUAUCAGUGGGUCUCGAGAUGGCUCCCCUCACAGUUCAGCUUCUGUCUCUAAGGAGGAAGCUGUGCUGACAGACCCCCUGACAGACGAAGCCCCGCCCAGCACAGAGGAGCCCUCCGCCACCUUCUACGAGGACUUCCAGGAGCGGAGAGGCCAGGCCAUCGCUGCUAAAGCGCGCGAGAUCGAGAAGGUAUACCGUCAGGACUGCGAGACGUUCGGCAUGGUCGUGAAGAUGCUCGUCUCCAAGGAGCCCACUCUGGAGAAGCUCCUGCAGGUUCCGCUCAAGGAGAACCUGGGGCGACAUCAUGAGGCAGCUGCCUCGGCGACCUCGCGGCUUCGCCGCUAG